UCAUUGGUUUCGCUCACAAUGUCGUUAUCGGUGAAAAUAGGCAUAGCCGAAACGACCGCUGAUGAUAUCUCAUUACCUCAGUCCAACCCGUCCCAUCUUGAUGAGUUUGUAGCUGAUACACUGGACAAGGCUCAUGUUCCACGUUGCAUCCUGUAUCACUCAAGCAUUGACUAAGGGCCAUGUCUGGAGACAAGCUGGCUCUCUUCGCCUCCCCCUAUUGUUGUCAGCAGCAUUGGUGUCAGGAGAACCCAUGUUCCCAGCUCAUGACCUUCAACAAAUUACACCACCCAUAGGAAACAGCAGUAGCCAAUAUAUCAGUGAUCCGACACUCAAAGUCUUGAUGCUCUGCGCCCGGUCCAUAAACAUCCACAGCAGCACCGCAUCCCAUACACACGUUGAUCACUCACCUGUGCAAUCGUGGAGAAAACAAGCCCAAGCUCUUCAGGCAUGGUGCGACGCACGCCGUGAGACUUUCCGCACGCUCCUGGAUAUUGAAAUGCCCACCUCUGAACCCACAGUCGCACUUUUCCCUACCAUCGUCUUCUCAACCCCUGCCGCCACCCUCGCAAACAGCGUCUGCCACGCCGCCUUGCUACUUUUACUCCGACACAAGCCACACACCGUCCCGGCUCUGUCCUCGGGGUCUUCGUCUGUGUGUUAUGCAAGGCGCAUAUGCGCCAUCGCUGUCAGCAAUGGCUCCAACGCUUACUGGGACCCGUGUUUGCUCAGUUGUUUAUUUUUGGCCGCCAGGGUCAUGACAUAUGUGCCGCAGCAAGUUGAAAUAGUGCGCUGCUUUGAGGAGGCCAGUAUGCGGACUGGCUGGCGGGUACUGGCGAAAUGGUUUGUCGACGAGCUGCAGAAUAUUUGGAGUUUGACUUGA